AUGGGCGCUCUUUUGAGUAUGCGGUCGCAGGAUACGGAGGCCGCGGCGUUGAGCAAGGAUGAGGUGUGGCAGUUGCGCAAGAAGCAUUUUUGCCCUGCUCAAAGCGUCUCCUAUGCUAACACCGAUCCGCUGCUCAUCGUUCGUGGCCAGGGCAGCCACUUGUAUGAUCAGGAAGGCAACUCGUACCUCGACACGAGAAACAACGUGUGCCAUGUGGGACAUUGUCACCCGAAGGUAGCUGCUGCAGUUGCAGAGCAAGCUGCAACACUCAAUACGAACACGAGGUAUUUGCAUCCGAACCUUUGCCUGCUGGCAAAGCGCUUGACGGAGACUUUUCCUGCCGGCAGCGGCUUGGAGGUGUGCUUCUUCGUGAACUCUGGCUCCGAGGCGAAUGAUCUGGCGGUGCGUCUGGCAUUCUCCCGGACAAGCUCUCGCGAUAUCAUCGUGGUCGACCAUGGGUAUCAUGGGCACACCCAGCAGACGAUAGAGAUCAGUCCGUACAAGUUUGACCACAGAGGAGGUGAAGGCGCGAGACCGAACAUCCACAAGGUGCCUUGUCCAGAUACUUUCCGUGGCCCUCACCGCGGGCCGGAUGCUGCGGAGCAGUACGCGUCAGCUGUUGCAGCAGCCUGCAAAACGGCGGGGAACGUCGCAGCUUUCUUUGUUGAGUCCGGCAUGUCUGUGGGUGGUGUCAUAUUGCCUCCCAAGGGCUACUUGCAAGCGGCAUACCGGGCAGUGCGUCAAGCGGGAGGUGUCUGUGUUGCUGACGAAGUGCAAGUUGGCUUUGGGCGCUUUGGUGACUAUUUCUGGGCAUUUGAAGAACAAGGUGUUGUGCCGGACAUCGUGACCAUGGGCAAGCCCUUUGGAAAUGGCAUGCCCCUGGCUGCAGUGGUAACCACGAAGGAAGUGUCUGAUGCUUUCCACAACGGUUUGGAGUAUUUCAAUACUUUUGGUGGCAAUCCUGUUUGUUGUGCUGCUGGCUUGGCUGUACUGGACGUCUUGCGACGGGAGGGGCUGCAAGACAAUGCUGCCAAGGUUGGCAAAUAUGUUUGUGAGCAGAUUCGGCAGCUUUCAACAAAGCAUGAGCUUAUUGGUGACGUCAGAGGUCGCGGCCUUUUUGUCGGAAUCGAGUUUGUUCGGAAUCGCGACACGCUCGAGCCAGCAACUGCAGAGACUUCCGAGAUCUGCUCACGCAUGAAGAGCGAACACAGUGUGCUGAUGAGCAUCGACGGGCCGCAUGAUAAUGUUCUCGUCAUCAAGCCGCCAAUGUGUUUUUCAAUCGCCGACACAGACUGCAUGGUACAAGCAAUGGAUCAGAUUCUGUCCACUUUGGUCGGUCCAACGCCUGGUGUACAGGAUGCUGCCGCCACAGUCUGCCUGGACCAGGCCCAGUACUCCUCGUACCGUCGCAGCUCUGGGCUUGAAGGCCCGAAGCAAGAGCGUUUUUGCUUCUCUUGGCUGCAGUUGGGUGGUCUGAACAUGCUUCAUUUUGAGGUCAGAGAGCUCUCGCCGGGUAGGCCGAUGACCUAUGCAGCACAUGCAGCUCCACAAGCUGUCACUCCCACAAUCGGUUCUGUCGCUCCAGCUUCUGGACAGUCGGUUCAGUUGUCGCAAGGGCAGAUGUCUCCACCAGUGCUGCUGCGGCCACGUUCGCUGUCCCCAACGCCAGCUGCUAGGCCGCCUGGAGCUACCCCAUCCUGUCCCCAAAUGGCAUGCCAGCCGACACCCAGAACGCAAAGCUCGCAUCUGGGACGUUUUGCUGGUGCCUUUCCAACUGGUUGCGUGUCGGCCACAUCACCUCGGAGAGAGCGUUCUUUGUCACCGGUGGGCUUGCCACCUGUUCCCGUACUUUCUGGAGUCGGUGCUGCAGCACCCGCAGCACCAAGCCCUCAAAAAUGCCUGUCACCUCGCACAGUCAUCGUUCGUCACGCAACGCCGCGUGCUUCAACAAAUGUUCCUAAAGCCCAAAGCCCUGUUCAGGUCUUGGUCACGCCUCGGGCAGUGUCGUCUGGCAAAGGCCUUGCAACCCCUGGAGGUAUACUAGAAGGCCUCCGAGCGGUUCCGACUUUUCCAAGGACAAUUCUGCAUCCACAUGUGGGGAAUGCGCCAGGCGGGCCCGGUGUUCGACGCGCCGCCUCCCACGGAGCUGUGAAAUCCCACAGGACUGGUCCUGCUGUGCUCCCUCCGAAGCGACCGGUUUCAGGUGCGGCCAAGGAACUCUUCAGCGAGCAGACUGCUGCCGGACAACUUCCGCCGCGAGGGACAUCCACACAAGCAGCCACGGAUCAGUUCUUCGCUGAUGGGGAGAAGAAGGAUGCCUGUUUCCUGGCAUUCAAUGGUGUGCUCAGCGAGCUCGGGGCCGUGGAGGCAACCUGCCAACAGCUCCUCGCAAGACUGCAUUCGGGACCAUCCGUUCGCUGGGAGGAGCUUCUGAAUCUGGAUCCCGCCGUCCAACUCCUGGGCUGCACAGGAGCUCAGGUCCAGGACGACCAGAGCGGGCCGCUUGGGAGCCAUCAAGGCUGGUGGCGAGCUCUUCUUGCGAGACAUGGCCUUUAUGGCCCGGGCAAUGCGAUGGGUGUUCCAGAGCUGACAGAGCUGGUGACAGACGCUUUGCGUUUUCUGCGGGAUCGACAUGCACCGGAGGCAUUCUUGCGAAAUCUUCGCACUGUACAUUCUGGAUCGAAGCGUCUGAAGGAGCUCUACGGUAGUUUCGAAUUUCAUGCCCGCGGAAUGAUGGGCAAGAGCUACAGGUGUCGAAGCAGACUCACGCGCGAGGAGCACAUCUGCCGACAGGUGUGCAAAGACAAAGUUGCAGCUCCGUCCGAUCUGGUUCGCGCCGAGGUUGAGAUGCUGAGAAGCCUCGAGCAUCCAAGUGUACCCCAGGUGAUCGCUAGCUUUGAAGAUUUCAACAACAUCUACAUCGUGCUCGAGCCAGUGGAGAGCAUCGAGUUAGUCAACAUUCUGCAGCAGUGGCAUCAGAAUGGUCAAGGAUUGAGUGUUGGUUGGCUGGCCGAGAUCUCCCGCCAGUUGUUGGAAGCCUUCAGGCACUGCCAUGAAAUGCGGCCACGCAGUGUGGUUCACGGUGAUCUUCGCCUCACCAGCCUCUUGCUCUCUGCUGUCACGGAUGCUCGGACGGCCCCACAGCUGGUCUUAGCAGACCUUGGCCUCGCCGGCUUGCCGCUCCCGCCGCCGCCCCUGGACAGGUUCCCGGCGACUCCUUCAGUGCCAGCACAGCAAACCGCAGCGCCGUCUUCCGGAUCGGAGGAAUGGAUGCAAAGCCCGAGCACGCUGCUGGACGUAUGGUCGUGUGGGUGCUUGCUGUUCAUUCUUCUCUCUGGUCGCCAUCCUUUCAACUGUGAUCUUGGUGGGCGACUGGUGCCAAGUGCUGUCCUGGGAACCUGGGGCUCUGUUCCCCCCGAACCUGAUUGGCGACUGCUACCUUCUGCCUCCUCCACGUCUCUCUGCGCGCAGAUGCUGUCGUGGGACGUGAAGGCGCGCCCCUCGGCAGCCGAGUGCCUACGGCACUCCUGGCUCUCAGCGGAGGAUUCCGACAGUAUGGCCCUGCCCAUGGAGGCCCUCGGCAACCUCUUGAAAGCUCAUCACAAGUCCAAGUUGCAAGAGAUCACCGCGGGACUUGCGAUAUCAGAGCAGAUCGCCAGCCCCUUCUCCGCCGUUGGUGCAUCAUUGGCUGUCAAGCACGCCUUUGCUGAUUUGGCAGGUGAUGCAGCCGCUGGUGCAAAGGAGCCAGUGAUGGCCACUGUUGCAGCAUCAGAAGCGAGCAAUGCUUUGGAGAAGUUGGGAAUGUCUGACAAAGGUAUCGAGAAGGUCAUCAAGGCAUUUGCUGAUGAUGCAGGCUGUGUCGACUACCAACGCCUCAUCUCUCACUGCGCUGAGUUGGCGGAGGAUCUCCUUGACCAUGCACUCUGGCGGGUCUUCACCGCAGCCGGCGAAGAUCACCGAGGAAUUUUAGGAGCUGCUGAGUUGGAGAAGGCUUUAGCAGAAAGCGCUGGCGAAGGUGGCGGAGCUGACAGGGCAGGUGGUGGUGAGCCCGAUUCGCAAGGGCCCUUCGGCUUGGAAAUGAAAGCCAGUGACAUCGUGAGGCAAGUGGCAUGCGGUCGGCAGCAGGUGACCUUUGAAGAACUUCGAUCCGCGGUCAUACAACGCCAGUCGACGCAGGCAAUUGCGGCAACGAGUGGGACAGAUUGA